AUGAUUCGUACUCCCACAUUGCUUGAUUACGCAUUUGGAUGGCCAAAAGGGAUACAAAUCUUACUUGAAGCAGGCGCUGAUACAAGUGCGCGGACCUGGAGAAUCCCUUAUGCCGAAGAUAACAACAACGAGGAUACUUAUCAUUCAGUCAAGCUUCUCAUUGAGGCUGGAUUUUCGUGCAACUGGUUUGAUAUUGAGAGAUGCCAAGAUGACGGCAGUGAGAAAAUAAAAUCGCUUUUAAUCAACGACUUGGUCGCACGGCAGCAAAGACUUUGGCUUUUGGCCCAAUCCUGCUUGCCUGCUGGCCAACUUCCAAACUUGAUCUCAAUGGACGAGAAGACAGGCAAAAUUACGAUACUCGACGUACACACUGCAGAGAUAUAUGCUCGCCUAGUGAAGAAAGGGAUAUCCAUUGGUACAAUCCGCCAGUGUGGGAAUUUUCAAAAUUGGAAUAAUUUUGGCUCUGUUCAUCAUUCUCCAGGUUUCUCUGUCAAGACACUGGAGGAACUUUGUCAAGUUGGCUUCCGGGAUAUUAACCAGAGAGACUCUCGAGGACUUACACCUCUCAUGACCACAAUUGUUCCAUUUUGGAGGAAGGAAAUGUGGGCGGAGCGAAUGCAUUGGCUGAUUUCCAAAGGUGCUGAUCUGGAUCAAGAAGUACCCGGGACCAGUUCAACCGUAACACAUCAUCUCGGGUUCAGUGUCGGAGAGUAUAUUUUAAGUUUGAGGGACUACGAUCUACGCCCAAAAUAUGAUUUGGAACUCUUCUCGAUGUUGGAACAGUCUUUUCUUCUCCUUCCUUCGGUUCGGGAUAGAUGUUCCUGCGCGUGCUCUCCCGGCGGGUGCACUACGAUGUCGGUAUUGCUACGACGUAUUGUUGGGAACGUCGAUUCUAACCGGUAUUGGAUGGUAGAGCUAAGCCAUUUGUUCCGGGAGAUAAUAAAAUUUAUCCUUCGGUGGACUAGAGGAGAUACAGAAAUUGGCUGGGGGGUUAUCAGAUUUCUGACCUUUGAUGCAUUGGGUCUGAAACAUUCGUGUUGCGUCAACAUCUCCGCUCGACGCUAUCUUUGUCCCAAACUUGUCAGCAGAGAAGAAGAAGAAGUCGAAGAGAUUCAUGACGAAGAAAUGCCAAGAAUAUUGGAACUUGAAAAACUUCUCACUGAACUCAAAGUCAAGUUUGACGAGCUUAACCAACCUGUGAUGGAAUUUUUGGAAGGAUACUGGCACACUCGCAUGAUCGAAGUUCUCUCCCAACGUGAUCCCUACGACGAGGAACAUGUCACUGAAUCAAGACGAAUCGGUGUCACGCUAGAGCUGGAUGAGUGUGUUGUCCCUGACAGGGCAUCUCUGCUUAUUGGCUCAAAGAUCAAGCCCGAGCACAGUACAUAG